AUGUACAAAAAUUAUGUGAGUACGUACUCCAGUACAGUUACAAAACCUGACAAGAGAUAUGAUUACAUUAUUGUCGGGGCAGGGACUGCUGGGUGUGUCCUGGCAGCCAGGCUAAGCGAGGACCCGCAAGUCAAAGUACUACUGGUCGAAGCUGGUGACCACAUGGGAUUCCUCACGAAUAUCCCCAUGACGUCGACCGCCGCGCAGCUGGGACCAAAUGACUGGUCCGUCCAUACCACACCGCAAAAGUACUCUUCUUUCGGACUUUGGAAUCAAACACAGAUAUUGCCAAGGGGCAAAGGGCUCGGAGGUUCCGGCCAAAUGAACUUUCUACUGCACGGCUUUGGGCUACCACAAGACUACGACGCCUGGGUGGAGAAAGGAUUCGAGGGCUGGUCACUGAAGGAUUUGAAGCCCUAUUUCAUUAAGGCUUUCGGAACAGUACUGAACGAGUUCGACUCCAGUUAUUGUAAGAAGGGAUCGCCUUGUGCUUCGGCACCGAUGAAGCUGAAGCUGGUAGAGGACGAAAACGAGUUGAUGCAAGUGUUCAAACGGGCGUCCGCCUCGCUGGGCGGUAAGAGUACGGUGUUCCGCCGCGCCACGGCCACCGUCAGCGAGGGUCUGCGCCACUCCAGCCUCGACGGCUACCUCAAGCCGGCGAUGAAUCGGCCCAAUCUCCACGUGCUUCUCAACACUCAAGCCGUCUCUAUACGAUUUGACAAUUUGACCGCGUCGUCGCUGUACAUUUUGCAAAACCAUCGCAACCUAGACAACAUUUUCGUGGACAGGGAGAUCAUACUGUCGGCCGGCGCGAUCAAAACACCGCAGCUGCUAAUCCUCUCCGGAAUAGGGCCGAGAGAUGUUAUAAAGAGACUGAAGAUAAACCUGGUGGUCGAGAACGAGCACGUGGGCUCUAACUUUCACGACCACAUGAACAUGCCCAUCUACGUCAGCAUCAAGAAGCCUAUAAGCGUAACCCUUGCCAAGGUCUUCUCAGCUGGCACCCUCUGGGAUUACAUAUGGAGAAGAGAAGGACUAUUGUCGUUUCCUCCCGUGGCUGGCGUGGAGUACCACAACUCGUCCGCCGUGAUGCUCUUCUCAAUGGGCUCCACUAGCGAGAGGCUGCUUCGGGAUUUGUCAAACUAUAAGCAACAGGCGUUCCGCGCGACGUUCCCGUUCGCGCAGGAGUCGCGGCGCGAGGGCUUCGUGUGGCUCAACUCGUGCGCCCAGCCCCGCAGCAGGGGCCGCGUGGAGCUCCCCUCCCCUGCCUCCUCGCGCCCUCCCCUGCUGCGCGCCACAUACCUGCAACACGAGCACGACCUCCGCUGCACCGUGCAGGCCAUUAGACGAGCGGAACGGCUGGUGGCGACUAAACCCUUCCAGGAGAUCGGCGCCAGGAUCCACUGGCCCCGACCUGAGCGCUGUCUCUCCUUCUGGAACUACCCCAUAGAGGAGCAAACGGGCGUCAAGUCGAGACGCAAAAGGGCGGGGGGCGGGCGGCGGGCGCGGGUCGGCGGGGGCAGCCCGCCCGACGCGUUCGUGGAGUGCGUGGUGCGCGAGGUGGCCGUGACGGGCCACCACGCCGCCGGCACCUGCGCCCCGCCACGCGUGCUCGACGCCCACCUCAGGGUGAGGAACGUGUCUGGCCUCCGGGUGAUGGACGCCAGCGUGCUCCCCUCGCCGCUCUCCCUUUAUCCCAACUCGGUCCUGAUAGCGAUGGCGGAGAAAGCAGCAGAUCUGAUACGCAACUCUCCCCGUCCC